AUGUGCGGUUUCGAGCGAGAGAGCAAAGAUGGGACGCUUGACUGGACUCGACACAGGAGAAGCCCAUCUUCCAGUAAAGGACCUUCCGUGGAUCACACCACUGGAAACAUGACAGGUGAACUCUAAACUAAUUAAGUUACAGCUAGCCAGAGUUACUAUUAGCAGCGACAGUUACGGUUAUAGAACCUUUCCCGCAUUACGCUCCAGUGAACAAACACAAAGAAAUGAGGACGAGGCUCGGGUGGACAGUUUCAUACAAAUCAUUGUAUUUUGUCCACCCGAGCCUCGAGUUGGUGCCUUUGUUCACUGGAAUGCGGGAAAGGUCUUUUAGAGCAUCCAGUGAUCAAAUUGCAGACAAAAAGAAUUAAACCAAAAUUGUUUUUUUUAGGUUUCAUAUCUAAAUCCGAAUUUUGCACUAUCCUGGGUUAUCUUUGCCUAGCCUUGAGUAAUCCAGCCCAAAUCCACCUUUUUUUCUUAUUCUGAAAGCAACGUUAAUAUUUACCCCCCCCCCCCCACCCCCCUUUAAAAAAAUAGAAACUUCCCUCUACAUUGGAGUCACCCAAGAGAGAACAAUGGGACAUUAUUCUUUCUUGAGUCAACACAAUGCAAAACGAUAAUAACAGUUAGAACAAUAAAAUCAAUCAAUCAACCAAGCCCUUUUAUUAAACUGACACUGAAGAAUGAAUUGCUACACCUGCCUGCCUUUUAAAUAAUAUUAGGGUUUUUAUUUAUUUUAUUUUCAUACCUUAUCUCCAUAAAGAGCGUUUUCACUCACGUGGUCGUUAGCUGUUCAAAUAUAUUACGAAAAAAGAAAGCGUUUACACCAACAUAGCCGUUGUGACGUCAUGUGAACGGCUUUAUAGCAUUGGCGGAUCUAGGGCCAGAGAGGGGCUCGGGAGAGGCCAGGGGCCCCUCCUUACUUUUUAGGUACGACUAAGGCCCGUUGGGCCAAGAAAAAUUACCCUCGAGACUGGCUACCCUUAUUAUUAGGGUCCGGUUGAGCCAAACAGCCCCCCACCCCUCACCACUUACUUGAUGAACUGAAUCCUAUUUGCUCCUGCUCUGCAAUAUCCAGUUGCAUGCAGCACUUCCCGUGGCUCUCAACUCCAGAAAGGAGCCUUAACACUCAAGUUUUUCUUUUUACGAAAGUUUUUUUAAGCUGAUCAGUCUACCUUACUCACGUUGCACUUACGAGGUCAGAGAACUGUUUUAGCAUUUGAGCGCAAACUUUGAAAAAUCUUAUUCUCGGUCAACUGAAAAACGUUUUUUAGUAAGCACUGGUGAUUUUUCUUCCCGGUAUCCGAAUCUCUUUGUAAGUUAUUACACAUUCAUUUUCUACAGUUAUCUAGUCAACAAGAACUUACAAAUGAAAAUGAAGAAAUGAUCGUCGCAGUGAACGCAAUUUAUGCAGUUGCGUAAAGAAGCCUGAAAAAAAUUCAGGACUUCAACGGGGUUUGAACCCGUGACCUCGCAAUUACCGGCGCGAUGCUCUACCAGCUGAGCUAUGAAGCCACUGAUGUUCGGAGCAGGUCAAUUGUGGGUUCAUAUGUUCCCGUGAAAAAAAAAAUGAGUGUUAAUAAUAUAUGAAAUAAAUCAGUAUAUGAACUGCGGAAAUUGCGAGGUCACGGGUUCAAACCCCGUUGAAGUCCUUCUUUACGCAAUUGCAUAAAUUGCGUUCACUGUGACGAUCAUUUCUUCAUUUUCAUUUCAUUUCCGCAGUUCAUAUAUGAUUUAUUUCAUAUAUUAAUAACAAGAACUAACAAAAUUAGACAGUCGGUCCUCAACUUAAAACUACGGGUUAGUUAUAAGUUGCUACCCUCUAUCCAUCUUUAUCUCUUUAAAGGUUAUUACAUGUACAUAGAAGCAUCCAGUGCACAUCAACCAGGUGAUGAUGCAAAAUUAUACAGUCCUCCACUGAAGUUCUUUGGGAUUAUGUGCCUUGAAUUCUAUUACUAUAUGUCUGGUGCAGCUAAUGGAAGCCUGAACGUCACCAUAAAUGAAAUAGUAGUGUUCUCUGCGGGUGGUGAUAAAGGAGGCAUAUGGCAUAAAGCUAGCAUAAAUAUACCAUCUAUUGUGGGAUUGCAUUGGGUAAGCAUUAAUGAGACCACAUCGAUAUCAAAACCGUCUGAAAACAGUUUUCUCUAAACGCAGUAGGAAGCCAAUGAUUUUAAGCGGCAUAAGGCAGGAAUCUUUGACAACAUUUUGAGAAUUUUCGAGAGUCUAAAUUCCACAAAUCUUACUUUAGACGGACUUUCUGUAUUUAUCAGCAAAACAAGUAAAAGUAUAAUACAUCAUCUUAUCAUUAACUAUAAAUUAAACACAUACAAAAGGUAAGUUAGUAUAUCAUUCGAAAGUUCGUAAAUGCAAAGGAAAGUAUCACUUAGCGCUUCAAAGCGGAUGUGCUUGCUGUUUGUCUCAAUUAUUUAGUUCUUUAAACUUUCCAGUUAGUUUUUCAUUUCUGCAAUAUUAAUUUGCCUUUAAAUUAAAGUCCAUCAUAAAAGCGACCCUUCCAAACCGAUUACACUGUAAUACCAUGUUUUUGACAGGUAACAUUUGAAGGCGUAGUAGGAAGCAGUAUCACUGGUUACAUAGCAAUUGAUGACUUCUUCUUUACAGGAGGGUCUUGUCCUUAU